AUGGACCUGCAAGGAGCACAAGGAGAUGUAUGUUGCAGAGUUUUUCCUGCCAUCCUCUCAGAGGCCGCCCAGCAAUGGUAUUUCAAGUUGACACCUAGAAUGUUCAAUUCAUGGAAGGAUUUCUCCUCGAUAUUUCAUGCACAAUUCUCCUCUUCUCGCCAACUUCCAUUGCACUUAGAAGACAUGGUCAAAGUGAAGCAAAGACCAGGAGAACCUCUCGGAGCAUACAUCAGCAGAUUCAUGACAGAGGCAACUAAGGUUGCACGGGUGACCGAAGAUGGAAAAUUGUUCGCGAUACUGGGGGGCAUUAAAGUUCUUGGAGAACUUUGGAAGGACAUCAGGAAGAAUGGACCAAUAGAUUCUAUGAGUGACUUACUUGAUCACGCGAAUGGUUUUAUUAAGCUUGAAGAAGCCAUUCGGUGA